AUGAGAACGAUUGAAGAAAUGUCAUCACAAUCUGCCAUUCGGCCGAACAGUUUGGAGUUGGACAAUGCCCUCACUUUGGACAUGGACUGCUUAUUCUCUGACUUUGACAACAACAAUGCCAAAAAUACUCGUAACAACAGGAAAAAGAAGCGAAGAGCAGCCAUAAAAAAAUUUAAAGAUUUAUAUGAGGAAACAGGCGAGUUUUUGGGCAAUGGAUCUUAUGCUGCAGUGAAGACAUAUAGACACAAAGAGACAGGAAAGGAGUUUGCUGUAAAGAUGAUUAACAAAUGCACCAGCCUUCAGCGAAGCAAAGUAUUCAAGGAAAUUGAAAUCUUCCACCAGUGCCAAGGCAGUGAGAACAUCCUGAACCUGGUGGAGUAUUUUGAAGAAGAUGAUGUUUUCUACUUGGUCUUUGAUAAGAUGGAGGGCGGCACACUGCUGAGCAACAUCGAGAGCCGGGGUCACCUCAGCGAGUACGAGGCGUCACUUGUUGUCCGAGAAAUUGCCUGCGCCCUGAAUUUUCUGCACCACAAGGGCAUUGCACAUAGAGAUUUGAAGCCUGAGAACAUUCUGUGCCAAAAGGUCGGUGAAGUUGUUCCGCUCAAGAUCUGCGACUUUGACCUUGCCAGUGGCGUACCGCUGAGCGUGAACAGCAGUGAUGGCAGCAAGACACCCGAGUUGUUGACGCCGGUGGGCUCAGCUGAGUAUAUGGCACCAGAAGUUGUGGAUGCUUGGGUGGGGGAGUCUUUCUCCUAUGACAAAAAAUGUGAUCUCUGGAGCUUGGGGAUUAUUCUAUAUAUAAUGUUAUGUGGCUAUCCACCCUUUUAUGGCCAGUGUGGGGAGGAAUGUGGCUGGGAAAGAGGAGAAGCUUGUCAAGACUGUCAGGAGUUGCUUUUCAAUUCUAUUCAGGAAGGCGUGUACGAGUUUCCCAGGGAAGAAUGGAACUGUGUGUCAGAAAGUGCCAAGGAUUUGAUCCGACACCUGCUGGUCCGCAACCCACGCAAUCGUUACUCAGCUGAGGAUGUUCUUCAGCAUCCCUGGGUGGCCAAGCCUCAGGCAGUGACUCCGCUGGCUACACCUCACAUUUUGACCAGAAACAACAGCACAAAAGACUUGGAGUCAUUUGCUGAGACAGCCAUAUCUAUCAACCGGAUGAUGCAGCAACACCUGAUCAUCUCAGGAGGGCCUCAGUUUUAUGCCGGUGGUUCCAAGCCGGCCAAAGUGUUUGAAGAGAGCAGCGGAGACGACGACGAAAACCACAGCGACACCGACUUAGAUUCAGGUCUCAUUUUCGACUUUAAGACCAGCGUCAAACUUUCUCCACCGGGACUUUCGGCUCUUGCCAAACGACGUGGGAACGCCUUUCACGCCUCUGCUAACUGCUUCACAAACAGCAGUCGCCGCCGCCCAGUGAUUCCCAUGCAUCACUCGGCAAUGGGUAGUGUGGACAGUAUCAUUGUCAGUUCAGGGAGUUGGCAGUGA